AUGUUUAGAUGUUUCCAUGUGAAGAAGGACAAGAACUGGGUUUCGUCAAAAGCAAAAACCUUGCAUGAAGGAAUGAUAGAAGCAGAGGCUGAAAAGGAGGAUCGAACCAAAGAAAGGGGGGAAAAUGAUGAGAAAAUGAAGAAGUUGGAGGAUGAGAUCGUAGAUGUGAGGAAUGCAGUCCCUCACAUUGUUGAAUCUGUCUUGCGGAGACUUGGAGUGCGGCUGCCCGAGUCAUUCGACAUGGAUCUCAACAGUGAAGCAAAUGGGGAACAUGGUCGAGUUGGGGAAACUCAGGGUAACGAUGUGGCCGAUGAGGAGUCCGAUGAGGAGACUGUCUACGAGACUGUUGCUGCAUGA